CGUAAUAGGUAGGUAUAGGUACCUACCGUUGUCGAUUCUUGGUUGUGAAUAUUUUAUAAUUGAACCUAUUAAUGGCAGAUUGAGGAAUGUUUCAUUUUGUCUUAUCGUAUCUAAUAUUGGUGAUUUUCUAGAACUUUCGCUUCAUAAAAUUUUUACAAAAUUUUCGUUCGUGUUCAAAUUUACCCGCACCAGUCUGUGACCUGUGUGAAAGUUAAAGGCAAGCGACGCCGAAACCAAAGACGGAGUAGCGCUGUUUAUUUAUAGUGUUUUCAACUUUAGAUCUUAAUAUUAUUAGGUAGGUACCUUCCCAAAAUGGAUGAGCAACAAGACCUUCAAAGUAGACUUGACAGCCUUAAAAAGAUAAAAAAGGCUAAAGCUAAACAAGUCCUGGCACAAUGUGAAGAAAUAGCGGAACUUAGAAUGAAACAAAAAGAAUUAAUUCAAGAUUUGGGGAAAAAACAAAAAGAGAUGAAGAAAUACGAAUUAUUAAAUGCUGAAUACGUCAGUCAUCGAACAAGAUUCGGUAUUCAAGUCUGGAGCAGUUCAAUCGCUGCAGUGGCGGCAGCCGCGACCACAGCCAAUUUGAUGAAACUUGUACUUUAUACCUACUCCCUGGCCAUUUUUUUAUUUAUUUUUUUAUUAUUUUUUUUUAAUAUUUUGUACUUACACGAAUUAUUUUUCUUCUCCCUUUUAAUCUGUUUUGUACUCGUAAUAUACUUCGGGACAUUUUUUUUCUGGUAUAAGGAAAGCAUAGUGCUGCGAAUAUACUUAGGUGUGCGUGUAUAAGGAAUUAGGUACAAAUAAGCUUUAAGUGUUUGAUUUUGCCAUUUUUAGUGUGCGUGUUUCGCUUUGAGAAAUGAAAUUUCAUUAUACAUGAAUGUUCUCUUAAACUAUCCAACUUUUUUUUGUACCUAUUGGACACCAUUUGAGAAUCAUUAAGGCGGAGGGAAUAGAUUAUUUUUCAUUCAAUUCGGAUGGGUAAUUGCUGAGUAAUUGCAAUUUUAGUUCGUUAUUUUAAUGCAUUAAAUCCUAAAAAAGGGAAAAGGGGACUUGCAAAACACCUGCCGCUCAUUGUACCCUGCUAUACCCCCAGUCUAUUCCAUCUCCGCUUUUCAAAUCAGCUGUCUCAUUGUACCCUGUUACACCCCUCAUCUGUUAGCUGUAUGUUCCAAGUGGGAGUGGUUUGGUGGGGCGUUUACCCAACAAAUAUAUUCUUUUAAUGCCCUAACCCACCAUGUGAACUCGUAGUCGAAUGGUUAGGGCAUGUAGGUAGGAAUAGGAAUUGUAGGGUCCCAGGUUCGAAUCCCCAUCAGGUAGGUAGGUGACUAGGUAUAGGUGACGGAUUUUUCGUUGGAAAUAUUGGAUAGGUAAAUGCUGUGGAGUGAGUACAUGAUGCUGGUGCAAAAAAAAACGAAUUUUGAACCCUGUAGCCCCUCAUUUUGAUUUAUAAAAACAAAGUUAUGAAAUAUGAUGAUAUCAUUUUGCUCAGUGUUGAGAACCGUUUGGAUUUGAAUUGGUUGUGAUGGUUGUGGUUUUCAGAACCUUUGAAAAUAAGUGGUUCUGGUUUCGGUUCUCAAAUGGUUCCCAGUUGUGGCUUUGAAACGGUUUUGUUUUUGUUCCAAAAGAUACCUUUCACAUUGUUCUUCCAAAAUGGUUCUCAGUUCUUCUCAAACUCAAACGGUUCUGGUGGUUCCUUUACUCCUCCUUUGAUAUUUUGCUGGUGGUACUGGUUGUUCCACCAAUUAAAAAAUGGUUCCAAAUGGUUCCAGAUGCAAAAAAUUGAAAAUUUGUGAAAAUUCCCCUUUACCUCGCUUAUUUUGCAUGAAAAACAUGAAUUCUUAUUUCACUUUGGUAAAAAAAACGAAGUUUGAAUGAUGAGAGGACCAAAAAGAACCGAUUCCUGAAAAGGGUUCUGAUGGUUCUUCUUAUUUGAAACUUGUUCUGGUUCUUGUUCUGGUUGUUCUUUCCUUAAAAAACUCAAUCGGUUCUAAAUGGUUCUAAAUUGUUUCAAAAUCAUUUUAUAUGGUUGUUCUUUCGGUACUUCUCUUUUCCAAAUUUUGAAACGGUUCUGAUGGUUCUGGGUCCCGUUUCAAUUGACCUAAAAAAAGCGGUUGUGGUGGUUCCAAACGGUUUUCAACACUGAUUUUUUGCUAAAUGAAUUUUCAUUUCAUUUAUUCAAAUACUUUUUACUAUACCUAUAGCGCCGUGAGUACAGUAAAAAUUACCUUGAGAUGAGUAAUUUUUACUUUUUAUGAUAUAAAAAUUACUUUAAAAUGAGUAAUUUUUACACAACUUGGUUAAUGUAAUUUUUAUUAUCAUGCUUUAGUAAAAAUUAUUAAAACAAAAUGAUUUUUACUAAUGUUACAGCAAAAUUUAUUAAAAUGAUGAUUUUUAUUAUAAGAUUACAGUAAAAAUUAUUAUUGUAACUGAACAGUUGAAAAUUGCUGAUUUUCAAAACAAAUUUUAUCAUACUUAUAUUAUGUAUUUUUGUAUGGGAUCUGGUUAUUGUGCUAAAUAUGUAAGUAGUCAACAUUUUUUGUAAAAAUUACCCAUAUUUUUUUCGUGUUAUUUAGAGGCAAUGCGAAUUCUUAACAUAUUUUAUAUGAUUUAAUAAUUUUAGAAUCAAAGGCAAAUUCUGAAAAUUGGUUUGAAAUUUUAUAAAUUUGAAGACAAUGGAAAUUCUAAAAAAAAUAUUAAAAGUUCUAUAAGUUGUAGAUAAUGUGAACUUGAAAAUGAUAUGAAUAAUUGAAGAGCUCUAUUCCAAAGUGGGUUAAGUCAUUUUUUCCUCCAAAAAAUGCGUUUAAAGUUUUUGAUACUGAAAUUUGUUCUGUUUCCAAAGGUUGGUGCACCUUUCCUUUCUUUGGACAUAGAACAAUCACUUGUAGAAAAAUUUACUUUGAAAAAUCCAUCCCACUUUGGAAUAGAGCUCUUCAAUUAUUGUAUGUAAUAUAUAUGAAGAUAAUGAGAAUUCUGAAAAAUUAGAGGCAUGCACUACUUAGCUAUGUAAUAGCGGUUAUAGCUGUAGAAAAGGCAGCUAGCUACGCACACUUUGCAGCUAAGCUUUGCUUAGCUGUCUAGUUUCCCUCUGUUUCGUUACCUAUUAAUAAUAAUUAUGUAUGUAGCUUAUUUUCCGUACACCUUUUUAUUGCCUCUUAAUAUUUUUUUCUUUUUAAAUAUAGGUACUUACCUAACUGUACGCUGUGACUUUGUUUUGUUUGGUUUUUUUUUCGUCCGAUGUUGUGAGUUAAGAUGUGGAAAGAAGUUGGGAGGUGGUGAGGUGAAAAUUUCGUUCAAGUUGGAAGAAAAAGUUGAUGAAAUGAAAAGUAGGUAGCCCCAACCUAUUUCAACUCGUUUGCGCUCAUUAUGCAAUUGUAGUACAUAUGUAGUUCCUACAUAUAUGACUGCAAGUUUUAUAAGUCACACAGAUUGAGCAUCUUAAAUUCCAUUUCCAUGCGCAAGUAAAAAUUUCGAAAGUUAGUCAUUUUUUUCAAUUUUUUUGAAAGUUCUUGCAAUCAAUUGCUGACAUUGUGUUUGUCUUUUGAAAACCCAAAAACCAUUUCCAUGAUUCAAAACUUUCUUCUGAGAGAAGGCUUUGAUGCUUUCUUUAGAGAGGUGUCAAGGAAAGUCUCUUUCCUCUCAAAGAGAGAUAAAAUUCGUUUUUAUAUGACAGAAUGUUUGAAAAUUGUGGUAUUUGUGGUAAAGACUAUGGAAAAUACUGGAAAAUUCUCAAUGAAAUUGCUGGAAGAAAAAAGAGGGAAACCAUUACAUCAUUAUCUUUGAAUGUACAGGAUGUUAGUGACUCAUCGGAGAUUACCAGUGCUUUCUCAGCAGAUUUCUUUUGUAAUGUUGUUGGACACAGUGAAUUAGAACUGCUUUCUGAAAGGCACUCAUGUCCUCCCUCUACAAGGUUGUCAUUUACUAGAGUGACAGCUGAUGAGAUUGUGAGGGCCAUUUCAAAAAUUUCAGCAGGGGAGGCUCAUUAAGGGAGAUGGUGUCUCUCAUAAAGUCUUGAAGAAACUUGCUCCAUUGUCUAGUUGGGCCCCUGGUAGAACUGCUCAAUAAGUCAUUUGAGGAGGGGGUUUACUCUAUGCUCUUGAAAGAGGCUAUGGUUGUUCCUAUUUUCAAGGGAGGUGAUAAUAGGCAGGUUUCUUCCUACCAUCUAGUGUCAUUACUGCCCUCAAUUGGAAAGGUUUUUGAAUCCGUGGUAAAAGAACGUAUGCUUGAUUUUCUUUUGGACUGUUGUUUCUUCUCUGAUCCACAGGAUUCCUCCCUGGCAGGAGCACUGAGAAAGCACUUAUUCACCAUGUUACCCUAGUUGUGCAAGAAAUGGAAGCUAAUAAAAUAGUGGCAGCUGACGCUGUGUAUAAUAUGUAAUUAUGUAUAGAUGAUAGAUGUGGCGAAAGCAUUUGAUACAGUUGAUCAUCAUUUACUCUUGGAUGAUUUGCAUGAUUGUGGUUUUGAUGAAUGUAUUCAGUAUUGUUAAAUGGUUUUACUCUUAUCUUAGUGCAAGGAUGCAACGUGUUCGAAUUAAGGAUGUUUUGAGUGCAGUGGCCCAGGUUUUACAAGGUUUGCCUCAGGGGAGCCUUUUGGGACCUCUUCUUUUGCUAAUUUACAUCAAUGGUUUGCUUAAACUGCCAUGGAGGGGUACCCUUAGUGCUUUUGCUGAUGACAUAGCUUUAGUUAUCUCCGCCGAGACUGUAGAUGAACUAGUUUGUCUGCUUAAUGAGGAUUUGAGGACCAUUACAAGCUGGUUUGAGAGCUGGGGACUCACUCUCUGUUCAUUGUAUUCUUUUUUAAAUGUUUUGUACACGAAUUGUUUUUUUCCCCUUUUAUUAUCCAUUUUGUAAUACAUUUCAAGAACUUUUUUUUUCUGGUGUAAGGAAAGCUCAGUGCUGCUUUAUUGUUAAUAAUUAAGUACCUAUAUCUAGCUUAUUUUUCGUCCACCUUUUUGCCUUUUAUUAUUUUAUUCUUUUUAAAUAUAUGUACCUAUACCUAAUUGUACGCUUUGAUUUUGUUUUUGUUCACUUUAUAUUCGGUUCAUUUUUUUUUCAUAGAAUGUUUUGAGUAAAGAUGUGAAAAGAAGUUGGGUAGUGGUGUGGUGGUGAGGUGAAAAUUUCGUUGAAGUUGGAAGAAAAAGUUGAUGAAAUGAAAAGUAGGUACCUAUAUUUGAGCGUAAAACUCUCAAUGAAAGCUUCACGUGAUAAUCUUUGGAAAAAUUGGUCUGUUGUUUUUGAUUUCCUAUAUAUUUUAAUAGGUACAUCGUCUCCAAGAAAAGGAAAUUGUUUUCAGGAUUCUAGAAGUGCCGAACAAAAAAGAAAGCGGAGGGAAAUUUAGUUACCUAUUUAGAUGAGAAAAUUUCACGUUCGCGCACCGUUUAGUCUGUUCACUGUUCGCUUUUCUUUUUCAAAAUAAAAUUAAUACCCUGAAAAAAUCAUUUAAAUAAUUCUAAAACUUUAUACUUACAGUUAGGCCAAAAAGUCAAUUCCUUGCAUAAAAAAACAUUAGUUCUUUGAAAAUACAAAUUUUUACAAGUCUAUCCACUCUGUCUUCCCUCUUAGGCGCCUAUAGCCCUUAUGUAUUUCUCAGGAAACCCCCCUUUUUUGAGUGUCUGUCACUACCACUGGUUUUUUAAUAGGUUUGCGAACUUCCACUGAUUUAAAAGGUGUCUGUCACUUCCACUGGUUUCAAACAGUGUCUGUCAAACUGUCACUACCACUGGUUUUGAACAGUGUCUGUGACUACCACUGGUUUUAAUCAGUGUCUGUCACUACCACUGGUUUUUUAAUAGGUUUGAGAACUUCCACUGACUUAUAUGGUGUCUGUCACUACCACUGGUUUCAAACAGUGUCUGUCACUACCACUGGUUUUAAACGGUGUCUGUCACUACCACUGGUUUUAAACAGUGUCUGUCACUACUACUGGUUUUGAACAGUGUCUGUCACUACCACUGGUUUUAAACAGUGUCUGUCACUACCACUGGUUUUAAACAGUGUCUGUCACUACCACUAGUUUUGAACAGUAUCUGUCACUACCACUGGUUUGAAACAGUGUUUGUCACUACCACUGGUUUUUUAAUAGGUUUGAGAAUUCUACCAAUUUAAAUGGUGUCUGUCACUUUCACUGGUUUCAAACAGUGUCUGUCAUCGUAUCUGUCACUGCCACGGGUUUGAAACAGUGUCUGUCACUACCACUGGAUUGAGACAGUGUCUGUCACUACCACUGGGUGUUUAAUAGGUUUGAGAAUUCUACUAAUUUAAAUGGUGUCUGUCACUUCCACUGGUUUCAAACAAUGUCUGUCAAACUGACACUACCACUGGUUUUGAACAGUGUCUGUCACUACCACUGGUUUUUUAAUAGGUUUGAGAACUUCCAUUGAUUUAAAUGGUGUCUGUCACUACCACUGGUUUUAAACAGUGUCUGUCACUACCACUGGUUUUAAACAGUGUCUGUGACUACCACUGGUUUUAAUCAGUGUCUGUCACUACCACUGGUUUUUUAAUAGGUUUGAGAACUUCCACUGACUUAUAUGGUGUCUGUCACUACCACUGGUUUUAAACAGUGUCUGUCACUACCACUGGUUUUAAACAGUGUCUGUCACUACCACUGGAUUUGAACAGUGUCUGUCACUACCACUGGUUUUAAACAGUGUCUGUCACUACCACUGGUUUUGAACAGUGUCUGUCACUACCACUAGUUUUUUAUUAGGUUUGAGAACUUCCACUGACUUAAAUGGUGUCCUGGAAUUGGUGGUUAGGAAUUUGAAAUUCAUUCAGAAUGCAGGAAAUCAGAAAAUCUCCUCAGAUCGUAAGAAGAUGGACUCUAAUAGAAUUUCGUUAGAGAUAUUGAAUCAAAAUGUUGGAAAAUCUCCGAACCUCAGGAAAGCCAAUGUUCUUUUUUCUCAACACUAUUCUCCCAAGAACUCGUAUCGUAUAUUUACUCAUUAUACGACAUUCUAAUAAGGGAACCGUUCGUUUCGAAAGGGCAAUCUCUGUGUGUUUUGACUUUUGAACUAGGUAAACCUAUAACUGUAACUACAUAGAUAGAAAAAGCAUGUCCUGAAACACCGUUAAUUAAAAUUUUAGGUGCUUACUGCUUAGUUGAAGUAAUUUUUCAUGCUGUUUGUGUUUCGGACCAAUGCGGAAUUGCGGAAUAAUCACUUUUCAACACCCUGCCCCGCCCACAUCGAAAACAUGCCUUUUCUAGACCAUUCUGGAUCUUCAUCAUACCUCGAGCUCGAGCAGUUCGCCAGUUCCAGACAUCCGGACGCAUUGUUACUACAUUACAGUGGUUUUUUAGUUCUUCUUGGUUGGUGGAUGUGACAUCGACUGUCGAAUGUCUCUAUAAUUAUUUUAUUUCCGAGUAUCAGUUAUUCGUGCGCAAACUGCGAAGUACAAAGUUGAUGUGAUCGGUUGAACGCGUCUAAUUAAGAAUUGAGAUUUCGGAUUCUAGAGAAAUGGCUCGCACAAAACCGACAAAAGUCAAACCAAUUGCAUUGCGAAGAUUACUGACAGCAGUUCACAAAGAAGUUAUGAUUCAUCUGACAAAUGCUUCCGAUAAUGUGAAGGAUGAACUGCAGCAUAAGAAGAAAGAUUAUUCGAAACCUGAUGACAAUUCAUUCGUUCUCGGCGGACUUGACGAUGAGGCAGAUGUCCUUCUCCGUGCAAAAGAAAUAUCUAACAAAGAAAUUGAAAAUUUAGUUGAAUCUGUGACGAUAUCCGAAGAUGAAGCGAACAGGAUUGUGGAAAAAAUUAUGACUGAUUUGAAUUCCGCCUUGAAAGAUUCGGGUUUUACAGGAAACGAAUUUCGCGUUUAUGGGUCCUAUGAUACUGGAUUAUGUAGCAUUGACAGUGAUAUAGACUUGUAUUAUGAAAAUAUCAAAUAUGGUCCGGGCUAUACACCCAUCUUUAACAUUCCAAACUUUCCAAGCAUUAUUGUCUGGGUCUUGAAAAGACGAAUUGAAUUUUCUGAAGUCCAGUACUUCCAGAAAGCUCGAGUGCCGAUUAUCAAAUUGAAACACAAAGGAGAUGUAAAACAAUGUGACAUAUCAUUUUGUGAAAGCGGUAUAAAAAGUUCUCUGCUAACCAAGUUCUACUUAAAGCUAAACCCGAAUGUGAAAUUUUUAACCAUGUAUUUAAAACUCGUGCUGCAAAAGUGCAACAUUUACGGAACGAAUUGUUUAACCUCUCACGUUAUAUUUUGGUUGGUAGUCUUUUUUCUCCAGCAGAAAAAUUUACUACCACCUGUUAAAAGUGUCCGUAAAAAAUAUUCCGAUUGCGAAGAGAACGAUUUAUUUGAAAACUGGAAUUGUUCUCUGACGAACGAAAAAAUCCAUCAUUCGUACAACUCCGAAUCGAAUUGUUCAAUAUCUACGUUGUUGUUCGGUUUUGCGAAAUUUUACAAAGAUUUUGACUUCACUAAAAAUGUUAUUUCACCUUAUCUCGCUUGCGCGAUACCCAUCGAUGAAUUCGAUAAAUGGGAAAUUCCUGGUGAAAUUUUCCCCUCUGAAUUACUACGGAACAAUAACGAUGGGAAAAAUACGUUUUAUCGGCACGUGAUGAAUAUUCAAGAGCCUACAAUUUUAAGCUCGAAUUUAACGAAGAACGUACAAUGUAAAGUUUUGAAUUCGUUUGUGACUGUAUGUCACGAGUUAUUAUCGAAUCGGACAUUCUUGCCAUUGAAAGAUUUAAUCAACCUGAACAGUUCACCUUGUAGAUUACCAACUGAGGAGAGUCUGCCUGAAGAUUUGAAGAGAUUCGCAUCAAGGACAUAUCGUCUCGGAAAGAAAUACUUCAAAAAAACAAACUCUGAUGAGAAAUUGGCGGAAAUGCUAAGUCUACAUAUACACAGGGUUAUGGACGGAGCUCUACAUUUCCAACUGCAGACCAUAGCUGUAGAACAGCUUAUCCAAGUUGAAUUCAAUUAUACGCUGACAAAAAAAUACCACGAUGUUACUGUGCCGGUGAUUUAUAUGGAUUACCUGUCGACCGAGAAAACCUGGAGUAAUGAAAAUGUCAGUAAAGUGUUGUCAUUUCAAAGCCCACCAGAUAAACGAUCAGACAGAUUGGUUAAAGUACAUUUGAUUUGUGAAAUUUACCGACUUGAGCGAGAAGUCAGAAUUUUGAUAGAAACUGACAAGAAUUUGUUAGAGUUUUUGCGAAAAUAUGGACCAUGUAUGUUUAGACCUUAGAUUUCUUAUUUAUAAGUAUUAUUACCUUUGAUCGUAUAUACUUGUUAUAUCUAUUAUUCAUUUGUACCAACCUACCUACUCAUUUUUACGUAUCUAUUAAAGAUUACUAU